AUGGAGGUGGAAAAAGUGUUGGCUGGCAGGAGAUCGCGAGCCACCAGCUCGCCCGGUGGCGCGGACACUCGUGGAAUUUUCAAGAAUUUAAAUAAUAUCCUUUUAUAUUAUCGAGGAUGCGCUGAAAGUAGCAGCGAGCAGGGUCGUUUCUCUGGUGGCGCGCGUUCUCUCGCUGCUAUCCGUGAUCCAGGGCGACGGCACGCCGUUGCCACUGGUAUUUCGAAACUCGCUGAACAAACAAGCGCCGAUAAAAGUACCGCGGUAUAUAGUACAUCUGGAAGUAGGGACCAUCAGUCACGGCGCAUCUGCGAACCACUUUCCUUCCCGUCCCCCGCCGCUACUUCCACCGCCGCCUUCACCGUCGCUGCCACUACCUCCUCCGCCCUCGCUCGUUCUCCCUUCGCGUUCCGACGGCCCCUGCGGGAGUGCAGCGGGUGUCCCGAACUUCUCCUAUCCACCCACCGCGCCGCUAAAAACCAUUUGUCAUCGGCC